CUCUCGGCCUCAGCCCUCGUCCAUCCAUUCAUCCAACCAUCGACGGCACUCGGCGCUUAAAAAGCAAACCUCUCUCUCUCUCUCUCUCUCUCACACACGCACACAGAGGAAGACGAUCGAUGGAUCGGAGGAGGAUCAGAGUGCUCCUGGUGGAAGACGAGGAGAUCAACAGGGUUGUGGCGAGAGCGGUGCUGAGGGCGGCCGGCGUGGAGGCCGACGAAGCGGAGAACGGCGCCGAAGCGGUGCGGCGCGUGCGGGAGCGCGUCGGCGCCGGCGCGUACGACCUCAUCCUCACGGACAAGCAGAUGCCUGUCAUGGACGGCCACGAGGCGACGAGGCAGAUCCGGGCCAUGGGGGUGACCACGCCCAUCGUCGCCGUCUCCAGCGACAGCCUCCCGUCGGACGUCCAGGCUUUCAUCACCGCCGGCGCCGACGACUUCAUGCCCAAGCCGCUGACCAAGGAGAAGCUGGGAUGCAUUCUCUCCAAGUUCGGGCUCGCGUAGCGGCCAUGAACUGGUACAGUACUUAGCUUGAUUCUUGCAGAUGACGAGGCACAGGUACCCCCUUUUAAGAAAUAACAUGAGGUGCUGCCACACUACCUCCCCUCCCCUGCUUCCGGUAGAUGGAUUAAUUAGUGCUACUCCUUGCUUCGCUCAUGUAAAUAUAUAUGGAUUAGUGAACAAUAUGUGGAUUGUACUCCGAGCAAUGAUCGUUUGGACUUGUAAAUCUAAGCCUUUUAUGAUGAAAAAUAGGGGAGAAGUCGUCAAGUUUUAUUUCGUUCUCGGCUAAGCAUGUCUCGAGGGUUGCUAAUAAUUCAGCGGAUCUUUUUCUU